CAGAGGGGGAGGAAUCAAGAGGGAACAGAUACAGCUGAAGCAUGAACAAGAGAGACUUCAUCACUCUGGCUGGAUCUGCCCUGUUGUUUCUGUUCCACAUGACCCAAACUGAGGGCUGUCCUCUCUCCUGCAACUGCAAGCUCCUGGGUGAAGAGGAGGGUCUGCAGGUGGACUGCAGCUCCAGGGAGCUGGUGGAGCUGCCUGCCUUGCCUGCUAACACCAAGAGGCUUUCUCUGCAGAACAACAGCCUGACCUCGGUCCCCCCGGGUGCCCUGGACAGCUUGCACAGCCUGGAGGAAGUGAAAAUGUUUGACAACCCUUGGCACUGUGACUGUCAUAUUCUGUACUUAAAACUCUGGUUAGAAGACAGCUCUGCAUCCUGGCUGGCCAACAUCAGGUGUGCAAGCCCAGCCCCUGUCAGGAUGAAAGCCCUGAGGCAGCUGAGUGGCAACGAGCUGGGGGUUUGUAAGAGGCUGCUCCCAGUCAAGUGCCUGGAGUUCUUCUGGAGAGACCUCGCGUUAAUUGCUGGAGCAAUCAUCACACUUCUGUUAGUAGCAUGGGCUCUGAAAGGCUCCAAAAAGCUGGUCUGCCAAAUAAACCUAAGGCAAUACAACUCCAGGGCCUGGCUGCUGUGGAAGCAGCCCUCCCAAAGCCACAAGGUGCAAUGAGCUUCAAGAGACAGCUCCCCCUCCUCUGCCCCAGCAAAGCCGUGUCUGGCAGUGCCAGUCGGAGUGGGGAGCAUCCUGCCAGCAGCUCCCGGGGCUCAGAGCCUGGAGCCUCACAGCCCCAAGUCUGCUUUCAUUUCUUGGGGAUGGAUCUACAGGCAAGCUGCAUCCUGCUGCUGCCUCCUCAUAUGAAAAGCAGUUUCUAAAUUCUUUAAAAAAAUCAUUUGACUUAGCGUUUUCCCCCCGAGUUCUCAGCUCUGACAGCAAAAAGAUUUACACCCCCAAAUCCUACACCUUUUAAUAUAUGGAGAUGAACACUCGUACUGUUUUUGCAAUUCUUUUCUCACUGGGAAGUUGUGUGAGGCUGCAACCUGUUACUGCCUCGCUGUCCCCAGAAGCCUGGGAGAGCCAUUCUU